UGAAAUCGGACCGCUGUACUGGAAAUGUACCGUACUUUUCAAUUCCUUGCAAAGUCUUCAAUAAGAAAUGUCGCGCAAAAAGACUAUACCAGGAGAAGCUGAUAUCAGAACAUUAAUUACUCAUAUAACAGGAUUCGAGAGUGAUGAUGUGAACUUUGACCUGUGUCUACAGUUUGUACAAUCUCAUGUAAAGUAUCACCGAUUUCUAAGUGUUGAUAGCCACAAGAUAAUCAAGACACUGAAUGGGAUAUGCACCAAGUUUUCAGUUCAUUGCCAAAAUGAUAAAGCUGAAGCCUUGAAGACACUUACAGAGAAAUUUGAAUUGUCUCCCUUGUCAAAACAAACUACACAAACAAAGACAGAUGGUCAUUAUGCUGUGUUGUCCUUACUAUUAGAAUUAUCUAAUUGUCCAACUGAAAAUGUGUUUAGAGAAAAGCAGGUUGUCCAACCAGAAGUGGAGCCAGAGUUUGAUUGGGCGGGAUAUUUAUUGGCUGAUGAGGAUUAUUAUAGAAGUCAUUAUUUAGAUUCCACGUAUGAUUCUGAAGAUGAAGAAGACACCAAUGACUUCAACCAAGGUGUCGCCCACUUAGAAACCAUUGCAACAGAAUCAAAUGAUUUCACUGGUACGGUUGAAACACAGAAGAACUGGUUGCUAAGAAACCUGGUAAUUCAGUAUUGGAACAAUGACAGUAAAGAAGAUAAUGCUACUGGAAGAUUCCCGUGUUCAAAUUUACAUAGAAAUUGGGACAGAUGUCUAAUUGAGGGUAAUCCAUUCCAUGUAUCCCGACAAAGUUUUAUUACAGAGAUUCAACUAAUCCGAGAAAUUUUAUGGAUGUUGUCAGGUGUUAGUAAAUCCUAUGUUUUUAUUUUUGAAGAACGAAGAUUUAGUGUAAAUCCUGAUGUUUAUUUAUCACAUCUGACUGACUAUUGUAUGGAGAAUAGUCUUCAAAAGUUUAUGAAAUAUGGUAGUCAAGUGAUGGCUUUAGAAACCUUCUGUCAAGAUGUUGUCAAUUACAGUUGUGACAGCAUUGACAUGUCUUCCGUGACACAAACGUACCAGGCUUUCGUUAGUAGCCUGUCACAGUUCUUGAAAGAUUUCAAGAAAUUUUUAUCAGGUAGAGAAAUAGAAGUAAGAAAUCAAGAAACGCCAAUAACAAUGAGUAUACUUUACAAUCAACUUGAGCCAUGGUUCCAGAAGAUUGAACUCGUAUAUUCUAUUUAUAUAUCUGGUAUAGCUGCAGCAGCUGAACUUGAUAGUAGUAUACUGAAAGCUUCUCAUCUGUUAAAUGUUAUGUUUAAAACCUUGAUAGACUGUGAUACACUGAGAGAUCCUGACAAAGAUAAGAUGAGUUUAUUACUAGUCAUCUGGAUACAAACAUGUCGGCCAUAUUUUGACAUCCUUUCUGAUUGGAUAACAUACGGGAAUUUGAUCGAUCCUCGAGAAGAUUUUCUUAUUCAGAGGUAA